CUGACGCAGUGACGUCAUCAAGGAGCGACCACAGAUUGUUGAUUCUUCCGAUCGCUGUUGGACGAAACUCUUCUGUUAUUUCAUUGACAAGGUAACUCUACCCUUGACUGAGGAACACUAAAUACCUGCCACAGUUACAGUCUGAUGACGUGUCAGUAACCUGCGUGGUGAGAAAGCAUGAGACAAGACAGUGAAGGUGCUUUACAGAAGAACAGCCUCAGGGAAGCGUAAGGAUAACAAAAAAAAGAAGAAGAAAAAAUCAUCCAGACGUCAGAGGGGUCGCAGGUGAAGAAGAGGACAGGAGUGAGGAGGGGUUGGGGAUGGGGUUGAAGAGCCAAAGGAGGGCGUCAUGGUUCACAGCGGCUCUGCAUCCCCAAUGAAAACAACACCAUCAGCAUCACCUCAUUUAACGGUUCCUGCCACGACGCCUCCUCUGCAAGUAGCUCCUCUAGCGCCCCCUCCUGGAGACACUACAGACCAGGACCUCACCCAACACCUCACAACCGACCUGACCUCCAUCUCAGACUUGACCCAGACCUCUACUCUGACUCCCGCUGACGCCGAGCCUCCUGUGGUAACCCCGGUUAAAUCCCUUGCUCCUAUCUGUAGCCCAGCGUCAGUUCACACACCGACCGCCGCUCAAGGCCUCAUCAACGGCCGCACUUCAGGCAGGAAACGGACUCCCAAAGCCUGCGACUGCUGCGGCCACCACGGUAGAGGACACAAUGUGGGAAUGCCGGGCAGAGGGAAGGGAAGAGGGAGAGCGAGGGGAAGGGGUGCUGGCGGUAACAGCUGGGACACCCCGAAAAGAAAAGUGGGCGACCAGCUGACACAAAUCAGGAGUUUUGAUUCCACCAAGGAGCGAUUGGAGGAAGCAGAGGACGCGGAUGAAGGUUCAAUGAAGGUGCUAAAGACGCCAGAAGCGGCUGAGAGCGAGGCAGUAAUGCAGUUUUUUUCCCUCCCUGUCACAGACUCGCUACAGGAUGGACCAAUAAUGAACUGUUCUGCUCCAGAAGAGGAAGAGGAUGUGCAGGUAAACGAGGACUUUCCAGUGGAGGGCUCAGGGGUGAUUGAUGCUGGAGGGAAAGGAGGCGGCGAUAGCAGGGAUGUGGACGCGAGGUUGUCUGGAACGCCAAGUAGUGGUGCACCAGGAGGUAGAGAGAGAGGAGGAGGAAGUGGAUUUGUUGGAGCUGCAUCUGCAUCAAAAGUGGAAGUUACAUCUGCAUCAAAAGUGGAAGUAGACAGUGGCAUAAACAGGGGAGGAGUCAGCGGUGUUUCCUUCAGUUAUAAAUCAUUUCCCAUACCUCAAUCGAUGCUGACGAAGAAGCAGGAGAAAACAAAAGAUCAUGGAGGGCAGGCCGAACCCACGACGGUUAAAUCUCCAUUUGGGAACGGAGACACGGUGGACCUCUCUGACACGGAGCCUGAAGUGGAGGCGAAGGACAACAUCACCAUCAGCGAAAUGGAAAAUGGAGUGCUGUCUAUCUCACAGCAGCCGGACUCUCCACUGGACCUGGACUCUGAGAUGCAAGUGGACCAGACCCCGGGCAAAACAGACUCAGGAUCUGAACCGGCAGCGCUCUCCAACGGAGAUGUCACCAUGCUGACAAACGACAACCACGGCUCCACGUUGAUGGAGGUGGAGACUUCUUCCCAUCCCGCGUGGCAGGGACCGAUAACAGUCGACGGCGCGCAGCACCACUGGGCAUUAAGAGACCACUGUCUGUACUGUCAUUCUGGGACCUGGGAGAAGGAGGCACUGAAAGAAGUGCUGAGACUACAGGAAGGUGGAAAGAGGCAGGAUGAAGAGAGCCGGGAGCAGCUUGUUGAUAUGGUCCAUGAGUUUCUGGAGAGCUUCUACAUUAAGUAUGGUGGAUUCAGUCCCCUCAGUGAGACGGACGUCCUGGAACACCUGAAGAAGAAGAAAGGCGACCUCAUUAACAGGGAACUUGAUAUCAAAGGAGAGAUGAGUCGCUACAGGGCGGCGCUGGCCUCAGCUCCUGUUUCAGGCUUCAUGGUCUCGUAUAACAAACACACCUUAAGCCUGGAGGACCUGGGCACACUGGAGGAUCAGAACUGGCUGAAUGACCAGAUUAUCAACAUGUACGGAGAACUCAUCAUGGAGGCCACACAACACAAGGUUCAUUUUUUCAACAGCUUUUUCCACAAGCAGCUGGUUGCCAAGGGAUACGACGGGGUGAAGAGAUGGACCAAGAAGGUCGACCUGUUCUCCAAGUGGAUGUUGCUAAUUCCCAUCCAUUUAGAAAUCCACUGGUCGCUAAUCACGGUCACCAUGGCAACCAAAACAAUCAAUUACUACGACAGCCAAGGCAUCGUCUUCAGACACACCACAGAUAACAUUUUAAGGUACCUUCUGUCUGAAGCCAGAGAGAAGAAACAGACAGCUUUCCAGAAAGGCUGGAAGAUUACCAUCAUCAAGGGGAUUCCUCAGCAGAAAAACGACAGCGACUGUGGAGUGUUUGUCCUUGAGUACUGCCGCUGCCUCUCGGUGAAGCAGCCUCUGAAGUUCAGUCAGGAGGACAUGCCUCGAAUACGCAAGAGAAUCUACAAGGAGCUGUGCGACUGUCACCUCAACGACUGAACGAGAGUCGUCUUCUCUCACUGACUGCUUUUCAUUCUAGAUAGUUGGUUGAAGACCUGUUUUAAUGUCGGCCUGUUUCAUAAGCUAACACAGACCGGAGCUCUGGCUGCCUGUUGGACUGACAGCAGAGGGGGCGGGGUCAAUCUGGAUUCUGGUGACUUUUUACAGUUUAAGGAGCGCCUGUAGCAAAGCAGGUUUUUUUACUUGCAAAAGGACUACUGAUGUGUCCUCUACUGACUGUGCUGGACACACAGUACCCGUUAGGUUGUUUCUUCUACAUUUACAAACCCACAGUGUGUUUGAACUUUUAGUGACUCGAGCGUUCGCUGACUUCGACCGAGGACACAAGCGUCGGAUCACCCUGGACCAAUCAGGACGGAGCUUUCAUCCCCCCCUCUGGAGUGGCCUUACCUCCUGGAUGGCCAUUUUUUUUAACCCUGAAUGACAUUUGUAUGUGUUUUUUUUUUGUUGUUGUUACGCUGGACUUUGCUGCAGCAUCAAGCUUACUGGUAUUUGCUUUGUUUUCUAACAUGUUAGUAAAGCUAGGACGAGCAAAUCAGUGGACCAGCUGUUCACGUUAAACUUGAAGGAUUCUUUCGGUCUCUUGGACUACAGAUUUUUAUUAUUUUUUUUACAGUGAGAGGACGAUCUAUUGAAGAGAUAUCAACUGAAUGUACUUCCUGGCUGCCUCAGAGGUUGGACAUUAAGCACCCUGCACGAGGACUUUGGCUUUGAAGCAGGGAUUUAAUUUAGCAGUCAGUUUUUGUUUAUAGUUUGAGGUUUUUGACACCUUCAAAUAAUUCCUUCUCAUUUUCACCACCAGUAUUUCCUUAUUUUAUUAUUUUGUUUUGCUGUGUUCCACCCAGGUUUUGCACAGGUGUUCCUCCAGCUGUUUGAUAAAACUUUACAUUCAGAUCUGUACAUUUUGAGUUGAUCAAACUUCAUGUAAAGCUGUACAGCUCGCUACUGAUAUGAGGACCACCGUUUUUUUAUUUUAUUUUAGCCGAGCAGUUUCUCUUUGAUAAUUUUAUAUUGCUUCCACACCAGGUGCAGAGCAUCAUUGUUACUGAGUAGCCUCCUCUUAAACCGUGAAACAAGUGAACCUCAGCUUUUCAUUCAAUCUUUCUGUUUGACCUGAAAUUUCCUCCUAUAGUCAUUUUUGGCCUACUACUGUACACGCUUGCUUUGGCUGAAAUCCACCAAGGUUUCUGGACUGUUUUUUUUUUUGUUGUUCUUAUUAAAGGCCGAUACUGCUGGGAAAUGUU